AGAGGGCCCCCAGCGGAUCAUGUCGGCGCUGGGCCUGGGGCUGGCGGUGCUGUUUGCCCUGGGCGCCGGCGCCGGGGCCGGGGACACCCUGGGCCCCCACAUGACGUCCCGCUUGGCGGUGCUUCUGACCCCGGAGGAGUGCGAGGCCUUCCGCGCCUACCUGGCCCGGCCCGAGCCGCAGCCCGAGCCGCAGGAGCCGCCGGGCCUCAGAGGCCGGAGGGAGGCCGCGGCCUCCGGGGAGGAGCCGGCCCGGCCCGGCUGCCGGGAGUCCCUGGCCGGCUGGCUGGACGCCGAGGGCCCCGGCCUGACGUGGGACCGCGUGGCCCGGGCCUUGCGGCGCAGCGGCCGCCCCGACGUGGCCCGGGAGCUGGGCAAGACCCUCAACCAGGCCGCGGCGCUGGAGCUGCGGCGCUACGGGAAGCGCUACCUCAAGGCCUCCACCCCAACGCCCUCGCGGGCCCCUCCCGGCCGGCCCGCGCCCCGCCAGCCCCGGGCCCUGGCGUGGGACGAGCUGGAGCUGGUUGUGGAGCGGCUGCCCCUGGGGCCCUACGAGCGCAGCCCCCUGGGCUGGGUGGCGCCCCUGGCCCUCGGCCUCUUCUCCGGCUUGGUGGGGGCCCUGGGGGCCGGGGCGCUGCUCAUCCUGCUCACGCUCUGGGUCACCGGCGGAGACAGCCCCGGCCCGGCCCCGGAACAGGAGGAUCCGGGGGCCCCCGAGACGCCGCUCCUCGGGUUCCCCGCCGCGACUGGCCAAUAAAUAGCCUAAGUG